CCAAGCUCCUCCCCGCCCGCCGGUCUCCGCGUCCCAGAACCCAAGAUGGCGGCAUCCAGGCCGAGGGUUUCCAGGGCCGGAACCUGGCCGCUCCUCGGCGCCCUGGUGCUGGCGCUCAGCCGCUGCGUCGGCGUGGGGGGCGACCCCGCGACCUCCGCUGCAACCGGGGCCCCCCAAGCUGUGCUGCCACACCGCCGUUUCGAAUACAAGUACAGCUUCAAGGGGCCGCACUUGGUGCAGAGCGACGGGACCGUGCCUUUCUGGGCCCACGCAGGGAAUGCUAUUCCAAGUUCCGAUCAGAUUCGAAUUGUGCCGUCUUUAAGAAGCCAAAAGGGAUCAGUGUGGACAAAGACAAAAGCAGCCUUUGAGAACUGGGAGAUUGAGGUGACGUUUCGUGUGACCGGCCGAGGUCGGAUCGGAGCGGAUGGCCUGGCGAUUUGGUAUACAGAGAGCCAAGGCCUGGACGGGCCCAUCUUUGGAUCUGCCGACAUGUGGAAUGGCGUUGGAAUCUUUUUUGAUUCUUUUGACAAUGAUGGAAAGAAAAAUAAUCCUGCCGUAGUAAUUAUAGGCAACAAUGGAAAGAUCCAAUAUGAUCAUCAAAAUGACGGUGCUAGUCAGGCUCUAGCAAGUUGCCAGAGGGACUUUCGAAAUAAACCCUACCCUGUCCGGGCAAAGAUCACGUACUACCAGAAAACGCUGACGGUGAUGGUGAACAACGGCUUCACACCAGACAGAAACGACUAUGAAUUUUGUGCCAAGGUGGAAAACAUGAUCAUCCCGGCACAGGGGCACUUUGGAGUAUCGGCUGCCACCGGGGGUCUUGCAGAUGACCAUGAUGUCCUUUCUUUUCUGACCUUUCAACUGAUGGAGCCUGGCAAAGAACUGCCAAUACCAGAUAAAGAAAUCUCAGAAAAAGAAAAAGAAAAGUACCAGGAGGAAUUUGAGCACUUCCAGCAGGAGUUGGAUAAAAAGAAGGAGGAAUUCCAGAAGGACCAUCCUGACCUCCAGGGACACCCAGCUGAGGAAAUCUAUGAGUCAGUGGGAGACCGGGAGCUGAGACAAGUCUUCGAAGGCCAGAACCGCAUCCACCUUGAAAUCAAGCAACUGAACCGACAGCUCGACAUGAUUCUAGACGAACAGCGAAGAUACGUUUCUUCCCUGACUGAGGAGAUCUCCAAGAGAGGGGCAGGGCCCCCCGGGCAGCCUGGACAGCUCUCUCAGCAAAACCUGGACACUGUUGUCAAUGCGCAGCACGAGAUUCUGAGACAAGUCAACGAGAUCAAGAACACCAUGAGCGAGACCAUUAGGCUGGUGAGUGGUAUCCAGCAUCCAGGGUCUGCGGGAGGUGUAUACGAGACGACACAGCACUUCAAUGACAUCAAGGAGCACCUUCAUGUGGUGAAACGUGACAUCGACCACCUGGUGCAGCGUUCUGCUCCAGCGAACGAAAGACCCAAGUGCCCAGAACUCCCGCCGUUUCCAUCCUGCUUAUCAACGAUACACUUUGUCAUCUUUGUAGUGGUACAGACAGUGUUAUUCAUUGGCUAUAUCAUGUAUAGGUCUCAACAAGAAGCAGCUGCCAAAAAAUUCUUUUGACCGCCAUUUUUCAUGUGUGCACCAUGUAUGUAUGUUUGUACAAAAUGUCUUGUGAGGGAAUUUAAGUAUUUAAAUUGCUUCAUAGCCUAAAUUAUUACAUCUUGUAUAAAAUAACUGUUAAAACGUUGAUUUACAGUAAGAAUAAACCUUAAAGACAACCACAUGUAAAUUUGUGUAUAGUACAUAAAUGUAUUUAAAUGUACGUGAAUUUCUGGCCAGUAGGAUCCAGCCACUGGGCAGAAUAUUAAGAAACAGGAGGUUAAGAGAGGUGUGACCCCUGGCUGUCAAUAUGACAUUGGACUCGCUGAUGUGGGUGCUUUUUCUAGGUGACGCCCACAUCUUGUCCUCUUGCUCCC